AUGACCUAUCCGUUGACCCAUUCAAAGUCUCACAAUGAGGUUGUCAGUUCCAAUGGAAUCAAUCUCAUCGAUUGUUUCAAAAGAUUUGCAACAAAAUCCAGGUCAAAGAAGAAGCUGCCAAGUCUGGAUUGGGUUCCGAAGCCGGAAGAUGUUCAUCCUUCUAUGAAUAUUGAUGCCAAGCCAAAGAAAUAUGGGUCGUCUUCGAAUGUGAACCAACUGAAAGUCGAUUAUGCCCAAUCUACUCUCAAUUAUAUCAAGUUUAAGUCAAGGAAAGCUGAUCUUAUGAAUCAAUCUUGUUAUGGCAAGCUCUCCUGUGAUGAUUAUGACAAUAUGUCUGAUUUUGUGAAGUAUCGGGAACCCGAGAUGAAUGUCCGGAGGACAAGAAAGGCUGUCAGUGAGGUCGACGCUCCCACGAUGAAUAUCGAGAAGAAUAGAAACUCGGCUUUCUUCAAAGCAGUUCCUAAGACAAGAGAUAUGAGGAAGAGUUAUGUCGAGGGGAGUCUAGCAGACAGGAAUACCUAUACCUCGAGCAGAAGUUCUUCGAUUAUCUGGAAUGAUGAAUUGAAGCCUCUGAUUCCAGAAUUCCCACUAUCCGAGUAUCCUGGUUGUGGACAGAACUACGGUAAAUAUGAUUGACGUAAUUGCGAGUGUUGUGAGCCUUGUGGAUAACAUUUAUUCUUCUUCGAUAGAUAACUUAACCAGUGUCCUUACCGAUUAAUUUUUUCAGUAAUUGCGCGACGACCACGCCCGGUCUCGUGUUAUGGAGAAUUCCUGAAGCGGCGUGGAGCAGAAGCGUCUUCAGAUGGUUUGUUUGUCACUCUUUUGGGGGUUUCCAUCCUCUCUUUACUUGCUUCUGAGUACGGGAAUCUGCCGAGGAGACAAGUACGCUCUCUUUUGGCGCCAUCUCAUUACUUCUCCGGGCUUUCUCUUCUCUUUGCUGUUCUUUUGCUGCGUUUCCUUUGCUAUGCCGUGCCCAUUUACAACUUUUCACACAGCUUUUUUCAUGAAUAAGUCCUUUGGGGAUUAGGCGUGCUGAGUAUUUUUAUUUUAUGUAUUUUUGUUCCAGGCCACAGUGUAAUCACGGGAGGCUCUUCCUCCACAUUCUCCCCGCCGGUUGUGGCGGUUCCAGCCCAGUCUGGCCAGAUGUGUCUCGAGACUGCAUUCCAGCAAUCAGAUGGCGUUUUCUCAGUCGGAGACAGGUAAGAUAGUAUUAUUUUAUAUCGUUAUUGUUAUUGUUACUUUUUAUAAGAAUGAUAAUGCUGGACGGGAUUUUGAUGGAGGAACUUUUAGUUUCUGUUAGCAGUUGAAAAUAAUUUGGAUUUUUUGUUUGUGGGGCCUUCUAUUUUACCCGGGAGUUUUGCAUUUUUGAUCACCAUUCCAUUUCUCCCAAAAUUUCUUGUGUAAUUAAAUUAGGCAUCUCUUGGCCGAACGCCUCUCUUUUCUUUUCUUUUGUAAUCUCCGGAACCACUCGACCUUGCGCAGUUUUUAUGUUUUUUUUGGCCUGGCAUAGCUUGGAGCCCUGAUUAACGACUUUGUUUAUAUUCAAUAAGUUGAAGGGCCAUUGUCUCCUUAAGGGUUUGACCUCCGCAAAGCCUGGGAAGACUUCUGAAACGCAUUCCCGACGCUUUCUUUAGUAGACUGGACCUUGCUCGGUGCCAACGGCGAGAAAAGGAGGGCGCGCGGAAAGGCAGAUGCAUCUAAAGAUUGGGACAGGGAGUAGAGCGGCCUUAUAUCGACCACGACGUUUUAUUUAUUCUGAACAUGGGUUUGGGGGGAACUUCUUCCAAGAGCAAGUCCAGAAAGAAGACCAGGUAAUCUGGGGUUUAGGUCUUAGGCGUUUGAGUAGAUAACUACUCCCAUUAGAAUCGGAGUAGUUAGGGCAAUGUCUUCGAUCUUAUUUAUCUUUUGCUAAAAUCGUAUUUUUAGUGGUGCUGGCGACUUUAACCAUGAUUCAUACCGUGACCGAACCCUCAGAUCCCAUUCCUAUUAUGCUGAUAACCAUUCACAAGAAGAUGUAAGCAGGUUGUCAUCCAUUAGCCGUGGCCACCCCAGAGAUGUCUACGCCCAAGUUCAGCCCCUGUCUUCACGAAGAGUUCAGCCGGCCAGGCUCGAGGAUAUUAAGGAAAUGUCGUAAGGACUAUCUUUGAAAUAUGAAUUACAUUAAUUUUUAGAACGGAUCCAAUAAGAAAUGAGUAUCGCGAUUACAAGCAGAGAUGUAAAGAAUUGGAUUUGGCGAUGAAAGAAAUCGAAAUGAAGUACAGGAGAUCUAUGGAAGAGUUAGAGGAAGUGAAGAGGGAAAGAGACAGAGAAGUUAUGGAGAAGGAGGAGUGGAAGAAAAAGUUCGAAGAUCUUAACGUUCUACAUCAGAGGACAAAAGAGGAGGAUGCAAACAGGCUGUUCGAGAAUUUGAAAAUCCAUUCCAAUCCAGUUAGUAUUUUGAAGUAAAAUAUUUUAAUCAAUCUAUAUUUUUUCAGCACACCCCACUGACAGAAAGAUUGGAUGAAUUGGCCGAGCUUGAUCAACUCACCAACUCUGUAAAUUCGAUUUCAUCCUCAGACCGACCUCCCCUUCCAAUUUCCCAGUCCAUGAACUUUUCGUUGACGCCUGCUACCAGAUAUGGUCAGGGUUUAAGUCGUCGUCCAACGUCCCUGAUUUCAUCGAAUAUGAACCAGUCCCGACUUGGAUUUGCGCCGACUCCUCAUUCUGCUGAAAGAUGCAAAUUGACGGGGAAAAAAGAACUUCAGGGGCGGUCCACAUCAACUACACCCGAUUCCGGAGCAAUGUCAAUCAAUGGAGAAUUGGCCCCCGAAAUUGCGGCAAAGAUGGAUGAAGUCCAAAAGAAUAUGUUGAUGAUGAUGAAGACGAUGAGUCGACUCAAGGAAGAUAUCGAGGGCGUUUUGAAGGACGAGUACGUCAACGUUGCUGAGUAUAUAAGUAAGUCCUCUUACAAUUGCGAUUUGAUGUUUCCGCCUCUCCUAUCACUAUCUUUUGUUCUUUCCAGAUUUUGCCUUCGAAAGGAUGAGCAUGGUCUUGGAACGCUCAAAGCGGGUUACCAGCGAAGAGGUCCUAAAUUUCUUGGAAUCCCAUGCCAAACAGUUAUGGGAAUUUUCAAAUCUGGUGGAACAAGUGGACAUUCUUCUUGUGGAGUUAUCCAAGAGAUCUGAUCAAAAAAUUGAAUGCAAUGUACAGUAA